CAAUUUGGUGCAUAGGACAUAAUCGGGAAAACGUGGCUAUUUUGAAGACAGAAGUGAUUGAAUAUGAAAAGUUGUCUAAACUGCAGAUUUAUGUGGUUGUAGACAAAUUGCCUUGUGCAAUAUCUCUUGUCGUGUGCUCUCUCUCAAUCUUACAUUGGCAUGAUGGGUAUCUUGACCAAUGCCCUUAUUUUGUGGGAAGAAAUCGUAAGAAUUUAUCCCUAAAAAAGAAAUUAUUGUUGGGCUAAGCGUAGUUUUUCUUUGUGAAUUUGAAAAUGAAGGUCUUGGUAAAUUUGGAUUUUGAUAAACCAUGAAUAUAUGAGGGUUUUGAGUUCAUUAUGGAUUUAAAAAGGACCAUUGUUUGUUUCAUGGAUUUCAUUAUGGAUUUUGUUAGUUAAAUUUGUAUGUAUGAAGUGAAUUUUACCUGUAUUACCCUCAAAGUCUAUGAGUUCCACGAAUUUGGUACCUCUAAAUACUUGAAGCAAACAAUGAUUUUUUGACAAAAUCCAUAAUAAACUCAAAUCCAUCACCAAAUUCAUCAAGCAAACAAGCCCUGAAUAACUUCUCUUCAAUAUCUUUGUAACACCUUAGGUCAAUCCCACAUCGACAAAGCACGGAAGAGAUACAUGGUUCAUAAAUAGGAAACCGACCUUAACUGACAAGACGCGUUUUGGGGUGAAACGAAGGAGUUUUUGUGGGAACUCCGUAGUUAAACGUGCUCAGUGCGGAGCACAACAAGGAUGGGUGACCUUAUGGGAAGUCACCCUGAAUUGCACCCCAAGUCGAAAACCGUGCGGGUGUAGAGGCCCAAAGCGGACAGUAUCUUGUCUGGAAAAGGUUCGGAAUGUUACAACCUUCCAUUCAAAAAAAAAAAAAGUUUUCCACUAGAAGAAUUGAUCACUAAUCUUGGAGGCAUCCUCAUGUUCAUCGACAAACAACUAAUUACAGAGUUAAUACAAGAAUUUAUCUCGUUAAUUGAGUCAGAGAAUGAUCUGAGCUCACUCGUUUACAAUUACAAAUGUCAUUCCUAAUUCGUUUAGGAAGAGUUGGCAAAAGAAAGAACCAUAUCGAGUCAAGUGGCCUCGUUCCAAGCCAAUGAAGCUAUCCGUAAAAUACGAAUUGCUCGAGUCAAGACAGAGCUCCAACAUCUCGAAGAAGAGAAAACAAUCAUUAAUUAACUGAUUGAUUUCAAACUUACCAUGCAUAAUUAUAUAAAAUCAUGAUUUAGUGUGCUAUUAUUUGUAUACUUCUUGAUAAUAUUUUUGCUAUUAAACAUGGAAAACAAGUGUUCUUCUACUUUAUCCUUACUAGAAAAGUAGAAACCAAAAACCACCAUGUCGUCGCUAAAGAUAAACCAGAAACCAAUACCCAUCAUCCAAAACCCCCAAAAAGAGCCUCUGUUUUUUGCUUCUUCCCUUCCAGUCAUCGCAACACGUGGACUGCCAGUUCUUUCCUCUGCAUGCAAUUUUGUUCUUCAUACUCUCCCAUCUGUCCCUUCCUUCUCUCUCUCUCUCUCUCUCUCUUCACUUCUGAUCAUCAUCUCUAUCCACUUCCCUUCUUCCCUUCCCCAUCCCUCUGCCAAAAAACAGAGCAAAGAAAGAACCCAUCUCUUAGUUUCAAGUAAAAAUGGUGAUGAUGGAUUUGGUAAACUCGGUGAUGAAUCUCUUUGUCCCGCCGGCGAGCCUGGUGGUGAUGGCUUGCGCCUGGCCGGCGCUGUACUUCAUCAACACCUGCGAGUGGCUCUACAAGAGCUUCCACGGUGAGGACAUGGAGGACAAAGUUGUGAUUGUCACCGGCGCUUCUUCUGGCAUUGGGGAGCAAAUUGCUUACGAGUAUGCGAAAAGGAGAGUGAAUCUUGUACUGGUUGCGCGGAGAGAGAAUAGGCUUCGGGGGAUCAGCGAGAGGGCUAGAGUUUUGGGCGCGAAGCAUGUCAUGAUCGUGGGAGCGGACGUGGUGAAGGAAGAUGAGUGCAGGAGAUUCAUCAACCAGGUCGUGAGCUACUAUGGUCGUCUGGAUCAUUUGGUGAACACGGUGAGCUUGGGGCACACAUUCUACUUGGAAGAAGUUGCGGACAACUCGGUGUUCCCACACUUGCUGGACAUAAACUUUUGGGGGAAUGUCUAUCCAACUUAUGUUGCUCUUCCCCAUCUCCAUGAGACCAACGGGCGAAUUGUGGUUAAUGCUGCAGUUGAGACCUGGCUGCCUCUUCCAAGGAUGAGCUUAUACGGGGCUGCUAAAGCGGCACUCAUAAACUUCUACGACACGCUGAGGUUUGAACUGAAUGACGAGAUCGGGAUCACAAUCGCCACACACGGUUGGAUCGGUGCAGGCGAGGUGACCGGGGGCAAGUUCAUGCUCGAGGAAGGCGCGGAGAUGCAGCGGAGAGAAGAAAGAGAAGUGAAUGGGAGUGGAAGCCCGUUGGAGGACUACGCGAAGAGGAUCGUGUCAGGGGCCUGCCGCGGGGACCACUACGUGAAGUGCCCGAGCUGGUACGACAUCUUCCUCAUCUACAGGUACUUCGCGCCGGGCGUCCUCAACUGGACGCUCCGGCAACUCCUCGCCUCCCACGGGGCGAGGAGGACCUCGCUCAUGGGGACGGGGAGGCCGUUGUUGUUGGAAUCCGGGACGAGCUCCCCACGGAGUACGGACUCCGGAUCUAGCUCCCCACGGAGGCCGGAACCGUCACCGAGCUCGCCAUGGAGCUCAUCGCCGCCACGGAAGAUCCUCGCUGGUCCCUCCGGCGGCCCGGUCACGUUCUCGUCGUCGAGAAGUCCGGUGCAUCCAGUGCAGAUGCACAAACUCGAGUGAUGUAAAGGGUGAUCUCGACAAGGCAUUGACUGUUUUAUUUUGUGUUGGUGAGAUGGGUUUUUUGUGUUUUGUUUUCGUGAAUUGGAAUAAGUGGGAUUUUGGUCGUAUGGAUGGUCAUUUGAUGGGUUUAGUUUCAGUUUUCUUGAAAUGUGGAUUUUGUUACUUUGGAUCAAUUUUUUUUUCCUUCAGUUAUUCCUCGUGUCCCUUUACUCGUGACUAAUGCUGGAGGUGACAAAAAGUAGAGAAUAUAUUCAUUUGCGACUAGUCAAGCAAGAGGCUGAGAGGUGUAGUAGGUCGGAAUAACGGUUAAAUCUGAUUGGGCUUGUUCUGCAGAUAAUGGGCUCUGGGUAUGUCUUAAGCCAGCAGGGGACUAGUACGGUAGGGCGAAAAAGGACGAUGCUAUAUCUGAACAUCCUUGGAAAUUUAUAGCAGGGACAAUUAGGAGGAAACUAAUCAUCAUCCACCAAUGGGUCGACCCUUAUCAAUACACUGAUUUUUUACAAAUUACAUUUUGGUAUCCCAAAAUUAAAUUUUUUACAAUUUAGUACCUGAUAUUUAUUUUUGUACAAAUAAGUCCUCAAAUUUUUAUGGUAAAAUUAUGUUAUGGUACCCAGAUUUUUUUUACAAUUUAGUACAUAAACUUUUACAAUUUUACAUACAUGUUCAAUGUGUUUGCAACUAGAAUAAGGGUAAUAGGGUCAAAAAGUGACCCGACCCUAAGCUGACUCGACUCUAUCCGACCCUUACAAGAUCAAAAGAUGACCCGACGUUAAACUUCUUCUGUAUACUAACAGAUCCAGCCCGACCCUCGGUGUCCGAACGGGGCCGUGAGUUUUUAGGGUUAAGUUUAUACCCCUAAUAAUAAUGAUAUAAAGAAAUAGUCGACAUCUGAUUAAUUACUUAUAUAGGACGUUUGUACACGUGAUGCAUUAAGUUUUAAGCUUUGCCUACGGAUCGGACUAGGGUUAUCCUCAAUCUUUUUUAAUUUAUAACUAGCUUUGUGUCCAACUACAGAAUUCAGACUAUGCUUUAAUUUUGAAUACUUCAAAUAAAAUAUUAAUUUAUAAAGAAGAAAUUUUACAAUGCUAUAUAGUAUUGGUGCUAUAGGGUUUUGCCUUUAUGAUACAACUUAAAAUUGUAUAUUUACGUUAUGGUACAACUUUAGAUUGUACCUAUACUUUUUGUACAAAUUCUUUUAUGGUACAAGUUCAAGUUGUAAAGUUGUACCAUAACAUAAUGGUACAAAUUGCUUUAUGGUACAACCUAAACUUAUACAUUUAAUGUUAUGGUACAACUUUGAGUUGUACAUUAAAGCACCAAUACUAUAUAGUAUAAUAGAAGUGCUCAUGAACGAUGAAUCAAAGGACGAGCUAGCCGCUGCAUGGGCGCGACGUGGCCUCAAAAUUGUCAAGCCAAAGAAAUGGACUCGGACUUGGUCCAUGUCCAUUCACCUCUCACUAGGAAAUAGGAUAGGAAUGGCAAUUGGCAGGUUUGGGGCGGGUAUCUCGAUAUCCAUAUCUGUUCCGUGGUACAGUGGUGGAUUUAGGGGGUAGCCACUCUGGGUUCCGGCCCAGCACUUUUCUGGAUUCGGAUCUAUGAUAGUCCUUAUGAAUUUUUUGAUUUUAUGUAUUUAAUCCGGUGUUAUUUUAUAAUAAAAUUAUGUGUAACUAGAUAAAUGGUUCAGAUCAACAUAUUUAAACUACUUUAGAUUUAACCUAGAAAUUCUAGCUCCUAAGAUUUCCGUCUAAAAAAAACAAUGAAACCUAAAAUUCAUCAAGUCUAAACCGUAAAGAACUAAAAGAAAUAUGAGGUUUGUUCUCUUAAAAUCACUUGAGCACCUGGUGGAUACAGGGAUGGACACACAAUGUAAAUUGAUUAGUCGAUUGAUUUGUCUAGUGUUGACGUUGCCUAUUUCAACGACUACUACAGAGUGAACCUUUUCAACAAUGAAACAUGUGAAAACUG